GGUGCACACUCCAUGUAGCGAUAACCCGUGCAUAAACGGUGGGAAAUGUUUGGCCCUGGAUUAUGGCGACUAUAAAUGCCAAUGUCCCCAUGAUUUUGGAGGAAUGCACUGCGAAGUGGAAGCACAGCCGGAGUGUUACUCCUGUCACGACCAUGCCUCGUGUAAGGAUGGCAAAUGCGCGUGUGUGGAUGGUUAUACUGGCAAUGGACAAUACUGUGAAGUGUUAAGCAGAUGUCACCCUAACCCUUGUUAUAACGGGGGACAGUGCCAUGAUCAUGCCUCAGAAUAUGAAUGCAUUUGCGCCGAUGGUUUCAUGGGGAAAACGUGCCAAGAGCCAAAGCCUUGUCUUGCUUCUCCUUGUUUGAACGGGGGGACAUGCACGGAUCGCAUAGGAAUCACCUGUGUUGGAGGGAUGCCUUGUAAUAAUCAUGGAUAUGAAUGCACUUGCCCUAUGGACUUCAGGGGCCCAAACUGUGAACAUGCCAGUUUUUGCCAUCCCAACCCUUGUCAGAAUGGAGGAGAAUGCGUUUCGGAAUCCACAACAUAUAUAUGUCAAUGUCCAAUACGCUACACUGGAAAAAAAUGCGAAGAGGAUAAGUGCAAUUGUGACCCAAAUGCCAAAUGCGACAAAGGAAAGUGCACCUGUAAUUCCGGAUAUGUUGGCGCAGGUUCUCCCGGCACUUGCAAACCAAUUACCUCACCGACGAAUCCGCCUGUCGUAGGCCAAAGUCCUGGUCGCCUACCAACACCAACAACCCCAGUGGGAUUCUCCCCAGGUCGUGCACCCCCAGCACCUCCCCCACCUCCACACAAUCUUCCAUCGCUCAACAAGUGCACGCCAAACCCUUGUCAAAACGGUGGGACUUGCCUUCCCAUCGGGAAUGUGGAUUUCGCUUGCAAAUGUCUGCCACAAUUCACUGGCAAGCUGUGUACAGAAACUGCGAAGAGCUAUUGUCAUCCCAGUCCGUGUCUUAACGGAGGAAUUUGCACGGAGAGUCCAAACGGAUAUAAAUGCCAGUGUGUGGGGCAUUACAGAGGAACUAAUUGCCAAGUGGAUGACUGCGACAGAUGCGAUAUCAGAGCCAUUUGUGUGAAAGGAAAAUGCCAGUGUCGCGUUGGCUACAGUGGAAAUGGUUACCAAUGCACCAAAAUUAAGAAAUGUGGUGGUUGUAGUCCUCAUGCGACUUGUAAAGUCAGUAAGUGUGUUUGCAACAUGGGUUUCGUUGGAGAUGGAGCAACAUGUAAACCUGUUGGUUGUUCAGACUGCCCCUCGCAAUCUAAAUGUGUUUACGGGAUUUGUGUGUGUCUGCCGGGGUACUUCUUCGAUGGGAAAAACUGUGCUGCUCCGUCAAAACCAUGUCCUAGUAAAUGCAAGCCGCCAUCUUGUGAACCUGCCUGUCCUACAACGUGUUGCACACCCCCUCCUCCUCCACCGCCUCCCCCUCCCCCCGUACCUUGUCCAGCACCUUGUCAGUACCAGUGCACCAAUCAAUGUCCUGCGCAGUGUUGCAUGGACUAUUUCUCAAGAUGGGGAAAUAUGGGAUAGCAUUAAAAUACAUCAAGAGCGCAAACGUAUCAAAACAGAGUGGAAAACGUCUGAAUGGCCGGGGUCGAUAAGCCACGCAGCUUCUUAUUUCUAUUUCUCUGAGAAAAUUGGUGAUAAAUUACAUGUAAUUUCAGGCUACCAUUGCAGACUUCCCUAUUGUUUUAGAUUUUAGUCAGAAAAGCAUCAAUUAACCAUAUUGAAAUAAAUGUUUUAAUAAAUUGUCAAGAAUUGAUAUUUAGUAUAAGGAUUAAAUAGUUCUCCUCCAUGCAUAAACGACCGACAUUUAACUGUAACUCGUAUCUUACCGACGAAUCAUAUGGUGAACUUUGUAUAACACAAAGAUUGAAAAACUAAGAACGUCGAAAUUUUCAUUCGCCGAAUCGUAUGAAAAUGAACUAAAAACAAAGACUUUCGCUUCAUUAACAUCAGGUGCGGCACAUGAAAAGUUCGACGUCUGAAUCUAAAUAGAUAAAUUGUAAAAGGGCGAUGUAUAUAAAU